AUGCAUUCCCCUUCUUUUACCCCGAUUAUUAUUGGCGUCGGCGAAAUCCGCCAAAAGAACUUCACCGUCGACAACACUCUCGAGCCCGCUGAGCUUCUCCUAUCUGCCAUCCGCAAUGGAGUAAAAGACAUCACGGUCGAUAUCACCACGAAAAUAGACAGUAUUUCUGUAGUCCCUCCUUGGUCGUGGAACUACGACGAUUUGCCAAAACUGCUCGCCCAAAGGCUUGGUAUUGAGCCAUCCCACCUCGAGCUCUCAAGCCAUGGAGGGCAUACGCCUGCGAAGUUGUGCGACGCAGCAGCAGCAAGAAUCGCCACAGGGGAAGCUAAAAUAGCUGUUGUCACGGGAGGGGAAGCUUUGGCAUCAUUAUUCGCUUGCCAAAAGGCAGGGCGCAUGCCUCCACCAGGAUGGACAGAGGCUAGUCCUGAUGCGAAGAGAUAUAGCCCAGGAGAUACUUCGCUUAUGAAAGAUGCCGGUGCCGUACACUCAAUUGGAAUGCCGAUUCAGAUAUACCCUCUGUAUGAGAACGCGUACAGAAAGCACAAUCAACAGUCUUUUGAUGAGAACAAUGCAGAGUCAGCGAAGCUUUACGCCGAUUUUGACAGAAUUGCUUGUGAACAUCCUAUCAGCUGGAGAUCUGGGGAAAGUCCUCGUGAUGCAAACACCGUCAAAACGGUGACCAAGCAGAAUAGAAUGAUAAGCACGCCUUAUCCCCUGUUGAUGAACGCCUUCAACGGUGUAAACCUUGCCUCUGCUUGUAUAGUAACGUCCGUCGAAUAUGCUACGAAACUAGGAGUUCCUCAAGACAAGUGGGUUUACAUCACAGGUGGUGCUGGCUCCAACGAUAGCUCAAACUUCUGGGAAAGAUCCAACUAUUUCUCUAGCCCGGCGAUCGAGUAUUCCAUUGACAAGGCGUUGGAGUCAGCUGGAAUCACGAAAGACGAAAUCGACGUCUUCGACUUCUACUCCUGUUUUCCCAUCGUCCCCAAAAUCGCCUGUAAACACGUCGGGUUGGAUGUUCAGAAUCCAUCGAAACCUAUCACGCUUCUCGGCGGCCUUACGUCGUUUGGCGGUGCAGGCAACAAUUAUUCUCUUCAUGCGAUCGCUGAGAUGACUAGAGCUAUUCGAAGUCGUAAACAUCGCAAUGGACUUGUGCUCGCGAACGGAGGAGUCCUGUCUUGGCAACACGCUAUCUGCCUUUCCGCGCAACCGCGAAAGAACCUCGCACCGUAUCUCAAACGGGAGGUUCUUGAUAACGGCCAAAUAUCGCAGGGCCCAGACUUCAUUGCGCAGGCUCGAGGGGAAGCUAUAAUUGAGACAUAUACUGUGGACUGGGAUCGGAACGGACCCAAGUUGGGUCACGUAGUUGGGAGAUUGAUAGAUGAUGGCAAAAGAUUCAUCGCGAACCACGGUAAUGAACUCACUUUGUCGACGCUUGCCAAUACUGAGCUGGAGCCGAUUGGUAUGAAAGGAUUUGUCGAUGUUGGACCAGACGGAAGAAAUCUUUUUACAAUAAGCCCGGGUGCGAAAUUGUAG